AUGGAGUCUCAGCAGGUGGAUGCUACUGCCCAUGAAGCCGUGCAGACCGACGCCGGGACCCCCCUAUCGUUGCUGCCUCCGCCCUCGGGCCCCGGCCACGGCCCGGCCUCCUCUUCCCUCGCUUCAUCUCCCCCUCACUACAGCCGGUUGCCCGGUACCAUCUGGAGCUACACCCAGGUGCGGCGGACGGGAGGCGGCGGGUUGGAAACGGUGCAGGGGCCCGGCGUCUCCUGGAUCCAUCCGGACGGCGUCGGGGUACAGAUCGACACCAUCACCCCCGAGAUCCGCGCCCUCUACAACGUGCUGGCCAAAGUCAAGCGGGAGCGGGAUGAGUACAAGAGAAAAUGGGAAGAGGAACUGACGAGAAGAAUGAGCUUGGAAUCUAUGGUAGAAACCUUGAGAGAGGAGGCGCAGGAAGCGGAAGCUCUGCAGGAGGAGUUAAAUGAAAAGAUUGAGAGGCUGAAAGCGGAACUCGUGGUCUUUAAGGGUCUGAUGAGUGAUCCCAUGACAGACCUGGACACAAAGAUUCAAGAAAAGGCCAUGAAGGUGGACAUGGACAUCUGUCGGCGAAUCGAUAUCACAGCCAAGCUGUGCGAUGUAGCGCAGCAGCGCAACUCUGAAGACGUUUCCAAGAUAUUCCAGGUGGCUUCCAAGAAGAAAGAACGCAAGCUCACGUCUGACGAUGACCUCUCCGAGCAGGAUGGAGACAACAGCAGGUUCUCUGACGAUGAGGUCAGCUGCUCCUUGAACAUCACAGAUGAAAUGAAGCGUAUGUUUAAUCAGCUUCGCGAGACUUUCGAUUUUGAUGACGACUGUGAUAGUUUAACGUGGGAGGAGAAUGAGGAAACGUUGCUUCUUUGGGAAGAUUUCACAAAUUGCAAUCCUUCAAUUGACCUCCAAGGAGAGGAAGAAAAUCUGGGAAACUUGAUCCACGAAACAGAGUCUUUCUUUAAAACGAGAGACAAGGAAUACCAAGAGACAAUAGGGCAGAUAGAGCUGGAAUUGGCCACGGCCAAGAGUGACAUGAAUCGCCACCUUCAUGAAUAUAUGGAAAUGUGCAGUAUGAAAAGGGGCCUGGAUGUACAAAUGGAAACCUGUCGUAGGCUUAUCAAAGGCUCAGCUGACAGAAAUUCUCCAUCUCCCAGCUCUGUAGCCAGCAGCGACUCAGGAAACACAGAUGAAAUUCAGGAUGAGUUGGACAGAGAGACGGAUGUGGAGCCCAUGGUCAGCUGAUACGUAGUGGGAGCAUUCCAGUGAAAGGGAAGAUACAAGAAAAGAUUAAAAAAGAAUACACUGAUGGGGGGGAAAAAAAAACAAACAAAAGACUUGUAAGCCCUUGCA